AUGGACCGCAACAGGAGCGGGCGCGGGACGCCAUUGUAUGGUGCACCUAUGGCAUUUGCGCCUGUGCAGCACACGAUGCAGCGGCCGCUGAACGCGUGUGCUACUUCAGGUGCGCGCGUCCCCAACACGGGCAACUGGAUUCUUGGCACAUCCAGCGCGCCGUUCCUGCCGCAAGAACGGAUAGCGACAGCGCAGGCAAUGUACACGACAUACCCUAGCCAAAUGCGUGCAGGCACAACGAUGUUGAUGCAGCCGAUUCAACGCGCAGGCGUGGACCACGAUGCGGAGCGCGAGCGCGAAAAUGGGCUGCGGAAUCGGUACCAUUCGGCCGUAUACUACGGCGAGGACGAGGACGAGGACGAGGACGAUUACGAAGAAGACGAAGAAGACGAAGAAUACGGUGCUUCUCAGCGGAAGCGGCGGCGUGGGACACGGAGCGAGUCGCACGCUACUGCCAGUCCCGACGCGCACGCGCGCGGCGACGUAGAAGCCGAAGCAGAGUUGCGGCUGCCAGGCAGCCAGCUGGGCGUGCCCGUGCCGAGCAACCAGCUCGUGGUGCGCACCGCAAAGCCGACCGUGCACUCGUAUUUUUCCGGCGCGCAACUUGCGCAGCAAGCUGCUGGCGUCGAGAUGUUAGUGCCUAUCCGCAUCGAGUUCCACACGGAAACGCACAGAAUCAAGGAUGUGUUUAUGUGGAACAUUUACGAGCGGCUCAUCACGCCGUACCAAUUUGCACAGAUAUUCUUGCAGGAUCUGGACUUGCCGCUGCACCCGUACGCAGUCCAGAUCGAGAGCCUGAUUAUCCAGCAGCUCACAGACGCAAUGCAGACGUUCGACGUGGACGGCAACGAGGAUGGCCUCGCGCGGAUCAUUGAUAUGAAGACGAGCUCGCGCGAACGCAGGCGUGCCGAGGCCGAGGCUGAGGCGCAGCGCAAACGCUUUGUUCCGCAGCAUGUAGGGAACUCCGACGCGCCGAUAAGGCGCGGCCGUGGGCGUCCGCGCAAAUACCCACAGUCUGGCAUGGAACAGCUGCCGGCCAGCGCUGUGGACGGGCUUGAGCCGCAGUUCCAGGACGCGACGCCGCCGACCCCAGUGCCCGAGACGCUGGACACAAAGGCGCUGGAGAAAGCGCGCGUCCGCGCGACGCUGGACAACAUUGACGCGGAGGACGAUCUGCGUGUGAUUGUAGAGUACGAAGUCCAGAUCCUGCGCUACGUGCUCCGCGAUCGUCUCGAAUGGGACCUCACGUCAGACUGGACGCCGGAGAUGUUUGCCAAGACACUCACGCGCGAUCUCGGCCUGACCACAGAGAGCAGCGUUUUAAUUGCACACGCAGUGCGCGAGCAGUUGCAGCAUCACCGGCGCGCGGCGCAAGAGCUGAGCUUGUUUGGCAGCGGCAAGAUAUACAAGUGCACUAUGGACGAGCUUGUUCAGAUACACAAAGAAGAGCAGGCGCAGGUACGCGCUGCAACCGAGCAGUCGCAGCAGGAAGCCGAGGCCGCCGCCGCACAGGACUCGGACGCACAGCGCCGGGUAGUCGAGCAGGCAAACACGGUGGAAGCCGAGCAUGCAAGCGAAGGAGUGCUUACGCCCACGCCACCGACGACACGGAGCAGGCGCAUUGCGGCGGGUGGAGCGGGCCCAGGUGCAGACACGGCGGCCCCGGUGCCAUUCCUGGUGCCCGACAAGACGCUGCCGCUGCCUGUCCGCAAGGAACAGGCACUCGCUACGCUCCGUGAUAUUCUCACACUCGGUGCGCGCCCGCUAGAAGGGGUAUGGCGCGACUUUCACGACAUGCCUGACUUUGGGCCUCUUCUCGAGUUCCUCAGCGAGGCGGAGCUGGAAAAGAUGGAGGAGGUGAACCUCCGUGCGAGCCGGAAAGCGGCGCGCGGCACCGACUACCUUUUACCACACUUGUUCAGUAUGGCUGUCGGCAAGAACAAGAAACUUUCGAAGGGAAAGGGCAAUAAGAAGCGUAUUGUUGAUCCGUUCACCCGUAAGGAGUGGUACGACAUCAAGGCUCCGGUCUACUUUGAGAACCGCAACAUUGGCAAGACCAUUGUGAACCGCUCGCAGGGUCUGAAGAACGCCGACGAUGCGCUCAGGGGCCGUAUUCUCGAGCAGUCGCUUGCUGAUCUCAACAAGGACGACGAGCAGGCGUUCCGCAAGUUCCAACUGCGCAUUGACGAGGUCCAGGGCCGCAAUUGUUUGACCAACUUUUACGGUAUGGACUUUACCCAGGACAAGCUUCGCUCGCUUGUGCGCAAGUGGCAGACGCUUAUUGAGGCGCACCAGGACAUCAAGACCACGGACGGCUACUUGCUCCGUGUGUUUGCCAUUGGCUUCACGCGCCGCCGUGCGAACCAGGUGAAGAAGACCUCGUACGCCAAGUCUGCACAGAUCACUGCUAUCCGCAAGAAGAUGUUCGAGGUGAUCCAGCGCGAGUCUGCCUCGUGCGACAUUCGCGAGUUUGUUGCGAAGCUCAUUCCUGAGGUCAUGGGCCGCGAGAUUGAGAAGAGUACGCAGGGUAUCUACCCUUUGAGGGAUGUGUACAUCCGCAAGGUCAAGGUGCUCAAGCGACCCAAGUUCGAUGCGGGCAAGCUCUUUGAGCUUCACGGCGGUGCAGCGGUGGUCGGCGCCGAGGACGUCGGUGCCAAGAUCAAGAGUGGCGAGUUCAAGGAGCCCGCCCCGCAGGCCACGGUCUAA